AUGCACGACAUCAUUUGCUGCUCGUUCCCCUUGGAUCGGGUAUUGGCCGUGACUCGUCGAACCGGGAGAAAGCCCAUACCACCACCAGACGUGCUCAGACAGGCCUGGCUAUCUGGAAAAUAUAAUGAUGAGGAAGAGAACAAGGUCAAAAGCAGUAGCAAGAUGCGGGAACCUGAGAAUCACUUGUUACGAGGGACGGAUUGCCGGCAAAACCAUGGAGAAGACGAGGAAAACAUCGCAAACAGUCAACGCAACGACUUUGUGAUUCGUAGUCCAAGUCCAAGUAGCGGAGAGAUAGCCGACGCGAUCCCUGCGAAACUGAAAAUGUCACCAAUGAAAUUGUCCAGUAACGAAGCUGGUCGUCUUGCAGGGCAAUUCUCUCUCGUACAGAGAGCAAUCAGCUGUUAA